UUCGAAACGCGAAAACGAAGAUCUCGUCUGCUCUCGGGUCCAUCUGAGUCUGAUCCGUCGUUCUUCAGCACUUCAUAGAUCGGCAGCCGGCUGUAUCACUACGGAGACAACGACCGUCGGCAAUAGCUGAGCAGCUCGGCCACCGUUUGCCCCCCCUUCGCUUCUCAUUUUGUUAGUGUAUUGUGCCUUAGUUGGAGAGUUCUGAGCAAAGAAGAGGGACGUGGUGAACUUAAAAAGAUGGUUAAAUUGACUAUGAUUGCUCGUGUUACUGAUGGUCUUCCUCUAGCUGAGGGACUGGAUGACGGUCGUGAUAUUAGAGAUGCUGAGUUUUACAAACAGCAAGUUAAGGCUUUGUUUAAGAACCUCUCAAGAGGACAACAUGAGGCAUCAAGGAUGUCAAUUGAAACUGGUCCUUAUGUUUUCCAUUAUAUUAUUGAAGGACGUGUCUGUUACUUGACAAUGUGUGACCGUGCUUACCCUAAGAAGCUAGCCUUUCAAUAUCUUGAAGAUCUUAGGAAUGAGUUUGAGCGUGUUAAUGGGUCUCAAAUUGAAACUGCUGCCAGACCUUAUGCCUUCAUUAAGUUUGACACAUUUAUACAGAAAACAAAGAAAUUGUACCAGGACACCCAUACCCAGCGCAAUAUUGCAAAGUUGAAUGAUGAACUCUAUGAAGUCCAUCAGAUAAUGACACGAAAUGUGCAAGAAGUUCUUGGUGUCGGUGAACAGUUGGACCAGGUUAGCCAAAUGUCCAGCCGCUUAUCAUCAGAAUCCCGCAUAUAUGCUGAUAAGGCAAGAGAUUUAAAUCGCCAGGCUCUGAUUCGUAAGUGGGCCCCUGUUGCUAUCGUACUUGGAGUUGUCUUCCUGCUUUUCUGGGUAAAAUCUAAGCUUUGGUGAUUGAGCACACAGUUCAUACUGUAUGAUAUUUUUAUUCUGGCUCUUGCUGCUGUGACUCGCUGUUGUCACAACCAUCCAGAGUAGCGCAGAAUCAUGGUUUAGAAACAAACAAUUACUGUCAUUUACAUCUCAUGAGCGUCAGUUUUUCUGGAAAAGAGACGUUUUACCUUUAGCCUAAGGAGCCAAGAUAUGAGAAAACUUGAUGCCCCUUGGACGCGUAUAUGCAUUUCUUUUCUUGUGCUUACGGCUUCUCCAUUGUUUUCAGGAUUGUUGUGUUAAUGAGUAAUAUAUGUCCCCUUAGAUAUUAUUUUGGGUUUCCAUGUGAAUUCCAGCUGAAUUGGAUUUACAGGGAAGCAUUUGAGUAAAAGAUAAUGGGCUGUUCUUCCUUACUAACAUAAUGGCAGUAUUGGUAGCUUCAAGGGAUUA